AUGAAGGCUGAGCAGUGGCUCACGGUGAUUGAGCGAAUUCUAAAUUUUAUGGGCGUGGUUGGAAAUGAUCGGGUGACCUAUGCCACUUUUCAGUUCCAGGAAGAUGCCCUAGUGCGAUGGGAAUUAUUGUCCCUCACCCGGGAUGUCACUGUAAUGACCUGGGAGGAGUUCCGAGAGUUAUUCAACUCUAAGUAUUAUAAUGAAGCUGUGCACGGUGCAAAGCGGAAAGAGUUCACUGAAUUAGUACAAACUAAGGGGAUGUCAAUUACUGAAUAUACUACACAGUUUGAUCGAUUGGCCAAGCUCACAGUGGGUAUUGUGCCAAUAGAUUUCAGUAAGAAAGAAAAGUACCUGGCCGGUUCGAAUGUGAAGAUUAGACAUGAUCUGGUAAUCACUACCAACAAAGCAACAUCAUAUUCAGAAAUGGUUGAGAAAGCUUUGCGAGCCGAGGGUGCAGUAAAAUUCCUUCAGGAGCCCCGAGUGACUCCGAAUCUGAUCAGAAGAGAAAGGUUACCCCAGCAUCUGGUGGUUCGGGGCAGAGCAAGCGGUUCUGCGGGAACCAAGGCAGAGGCAAAGAAAGAAGAGUCGAAGUCAGAGGCAAAACUUGUACCUGCUCGAGUGUUUGCUAUCACCCAAGUUGAUGCUGCAGCCUGUCCUUCGGUGGUGACAGGUCAGCUUCUAGUCAACAACUCAUUAUAUACUGUGUUAUUUGAUUCGGGAGCUACACGUUCAUAUGUGGCUACGCAGAAAGAUUUGAACAUGAGGCAGAGGAGGUGGCUGGAAUUAAUUAAAGACUACGACUGUGACAUUCUGUAUCAUCCCGAGAAAGCCAAUGUUGUGGCUGAUGCUUUGAGUAAAAGAGGUCCCGGCUAG